GACUCGCGCAGCAAUCAACCCCUCUUUUGAGCUUUCGGUUUCAAACCCCUCCGCCUCUCCCGCUUUCCCCCUCCGCCUCUCCCGCUUUGGCGGUUUUGCUGAACAAACUUAAAGCUUAUUUUUGCUAGCAAAAUUUAUAUAAAUCUUUCCCAACAAUUCGAAAGGAAGGAUUCGCUGUUGUUGAUCCAACCACUCAGGAUUUCGCAAAUCACGUCAAAUCUUAAAGCGGAGGGAGUAACGGGAUGUCUCGUCACCGAGAAGACGAUUAUGAAGAGGAGGAAGAUGAUGAAGAGAUAGAGGAAGAAGAGAACGAAGACUACAGGAGGAGGACAGGUGGGAGGAAGCGGGUUCGGUCCGAUUUCAUUGACGAUGCAGCCAUAGAGGACGAUCAUGACAAGGAAUACAAAGAUGAAGAAGACGAGAAUGAGGAGCUAUACGGUGGCCGCGGCCAGAAAUAUCGGAAGAGGGGUUCUGAGUUCUUCGACCUUGAGGCCCAGGUCGAUAGUGACGAUGAGGAAGAGGAAGAUGAGGAGGCCGAAGACGAUUUUAUUAAUGAUGCUGGAACUGACUUGCCUGAUGAGAGUGGUGGUAGAAGAGCACAUCGUCCAUUGAAUAUGAUGCCGGAGGAUCAAGAGGAUGUUGAAGAGAUGGAGAGGCAAGUUUAUGAAAGAUACGCAAAGUCAAGCCACAUUGAAUAUGGUGAGGAUGCCACUGAGGUUGAACAACAAGAUCUACUGCCGUCGGUAAAAGACCCCAAGUUGUGGCUGGUGAAAUGUGCUAUUGGUCGUGAGCGUGAGACUGCAAUGUGCCUCAUGCAAAAGUUUAUGGACAUGCCUGGCCUGCAUAUUAGAUCAGUGGUUGCAUUGGACUUUCUUAAAAAUUACAUAUAUGUUGAAGCCGAUAAAGAAGCCCAUGUGAAGGAGGCUUGUAAGGGUUUGCGCACGAUAUAUAGUUCAGCCAAGGUCAUGCUAGUUCCUAUCAAAGAAAUGACGGAUGUUCUUUCUGUUAAAAGCAAAACUAUUGAGAUUUCCAGGGACACAUGGGUUAGGAUGAAACUUGGAAUUUAUAAAGGAGACCUUGCCAAGGUUGUUGAUGUAGACGAUGUGCGACAAAAGGUGACAGUGAAGCUAAUUCCAAGAAUUGACUUACAACAUAUUGCUAAUAAGUUGCGGACCAGAAAACCGCCUAUGCACGCCUUUGUUGCGCGUGGUGGGAUAGAACGCCUGUUCGAUACUUACGACGAAGCGGGCAAUCACCAAAACCCUACUUUAAUGUUCGUGGCAAAUCGGAGAACCGUCCUAAGAAUGCCUUUGUUGCGCGUGGUGGGAUGCGGCCCCGGUGCGGCACAAUAUGCAAAGCAGGAGCAUCAGAAGCAACAGCUUGAGCUGCACGGAGCGCGUGAAACGGGAUCCUUGCCUAGAAAUGAUCUCAUGGGGCAUGGCAAGGAUAAGGAGCUUGUUAUGGAGUGGCUGAGGAAUCCAUCAAAUGAGCAUCGGGUAACUACUUUGUACAGAAACAUUUCUCUUCCAGCUAUAGUGGGCCAUGGUGGUAUGGGGGAAGACAACUUCCAGUUAAAACGCCUUCCAGUUUCAGCUUUCUUCAACCUCUCGUUCUCUUGUCUGUCCCCAAUCAAAGCAAUUCAAGCUCCCACCCGUUUUCUUUCUCCGUCACCUGCUCUGCCUUCCGAUCCCACGACCGGAAAUCCCUCCACAACUCUUCUCAAAAUCCCAAGUCCAGCCAGCUCACGCCUUCACCUUACUGGACUUCAAGCCGCCUCCACCUCACAGGGCAACGCCUGCAUCUGUUCGUCUCAAGUUCAGCUGCAAAAAUCCAAGUCCCCACUCAAACCUUCACCAUCAAUUUAA